ACAUGUACUGUAUGCCGUGAAACCGGUUAUUACUGGUUCUGCGAUAUGCUGUGGGUAUGUAAAGUAUACAGCGAAGCUGAUCGAUUGCCGAAGGUUUGUUAUGAAUGGCAUCGUGUACGGCAUCUGAAGCGUAGUGCGAGUCCAGUUUAUCAUUCGGUGGCACUUAAAGUAAACCUUCGAGGCAAUGGAUGUGCAUAAUUGACCGUUGUCAAGGCGUCAUCGAACCACCAUGAAAUCUAAUCUCGAUUACCCUCUCGUUCCCUAUGAAGCACCGUCAUGGACCUCGACAAUUAAUAAGGAUAUGAUACCAAAAUACACAAUUAAGCUUGGGACUUUGAACACACCGAUACAGCGAUGGCGCUUGCCAGAUAUACCAGAUGACUUUGAAGUCUUCGUCAAACGAGAUGACAUGACAGGCAGUGUUUUAACAGGCAAUAAGGUUCGUAAGCUAGAGUUCUUGAUGGCUGACUGUGUUGACAAAGGUUGCCAGGCCGUCAUUGCCUGUGGCGGGAUCUUCUCCAACUCGUGUCGAGCUGCAGCCAUAGCAGCAAGGCAGAUGGGACUGGACAGCCACCUUCUACUCUGGUCCAAGGAAACGGAGAUGCCGUUUACAGGGAACGCCCUCCUCGACAGACUAGUCGGAAGCAACUUCUACCUCAUGCCAAAAGAUUGCCCAUUCCAGACCGACGUUUAUCCACGCAUGCGCCAGCUUUACGCUCACAUCUUGAAAACAUCAGGGAAGAAAGCUUACCAGAUUCCUUUUGGCGGUACCAAUGAAAUAGGAGUGUGGGGCUAUAUCGCUUGUUUUCACGAACUAAUGGGUCAGGGGCUAUUCGAAUCAAAUUACACGGACAUCGUGAUAGCUGGAGGAAGCGGCGGGUCUGUUAUGGGUCUUGGAAUCGCAAACUAUCUCACUGGCAGCAAAUUAAAGAUUCACGGUAUGGCAGCAUGUCUUACUAAUGAAUAUUUCCACAAUGAAGGAGACAAGAUUCUAAGGGCACACGGCCUACAGGCGGAAGAUGGUUCUACAGGUGUUAAAACAGCCGAUAUAGUGCACUUUGCUGAAGUCGUGGGCAUUGGAUACGGCAUGAAUACACCAGAAGAAAUGGAAUGCAUCGAGAAGAUCGCCACAAAGACUGGAAUCUUUGUUGAUCCAGUGUACUCCUCAAAAGCUGUAUAUAAUCUUAUAAAGAUGAUGAACGAGAGUCCAGACACAUUGAAGGGAAAGAAGGUUCUCUUCAUUCAUACAGGUGGUGUAUUCGAUCUUUUUAGUGGCGUCUUUGCUUCCAGGAUGAACGCAAAAUCUUGCUCCGAAAACAGGGUAUUCGACUGGAUGGAACUCACGGACAAAGUCCCGUCUAGCGUAUGAGUCAAUAUAUUGAUGACAAUCGUUUUAUGGAUCUAAGUUAUGCUUCCUUUUAUACUUUGAUAUCAGCUCAAUUGCAUUUUAAAUUCCUGGACAAUGUUUGUUUUACUAGAACACUGGGCCAUCAAAGAUGAAGACCGUCUAUUCAAACUUAGGAAAAUUCGUAGUUAUCCAAGGAAAAAUACUAAGCAUUGCAGAAAUAUAAUCUAGAGUAAAAGGUAACAAAAAGAUCAAGAGCGGGGGAAAAGCAGAGUAAGAAGUCUAAGGGGAUGGAUAGAGAGUGCGUGAGUGUGUGAGAGAGAGAGAGUGAGAGAGAGAGAGAGAGAGAGAGAGAGAGAGAGAGAGAGAGAGAGACGGAAAUGAGAGGAUAAUGUAGUUUUGCCAGUUAUAUGACAAGGGAGAGAUAUUAUGUUAAAUCGUUGUUGCAGAAUCUGAUUUACCACCUUGUAAAGAGAGGAAGAAGAAACGGAACACCAAUAACCUGAUGACAAUUUUAAUUGCUUAUCACAAACUGUUUAGAAUUUGUGUACCCCUCCCCCCCCCCCCUUCCCUCCUCAUCAGAGAAUACUUGAUCCGCCACUGAUGAUGUGGAUAGAAUAUUUUAUGGGUCCUUCAUUAAACAAAUUACACUGACUCUGAAGGGACUGUAUCUUGUAUUCAAAGAAGAUUGACAUAUUUUUUUAAAGUGAUUACAUUGUAUAGAAGUGAAAUAAGCAUUGAUAAAAGAGAUUCAUUGAUUAAGCAAGCAAAAUCAUUUUUUUUAAGGGACUAUAAUAUUUUUACAAAUAAUGAAUAUAAAGAUAUAGAUUAUUAUUAAAUGGAUAUGUAAUUGAUGUAUAAUAAUGAAAAUACAAAAAAAUAUAACAGUUUAACAUGUCAAUUUACGUGUGAGAUACAAACGGUGUGCAUGUUUUUUUUUAAUUACAUGAUGACAUUAUGACAUGACGUGCAUGUAUUUUUACGACAUGAACGUUUUAUUUUUUACUGUCUACGCAGCUUACUUAAUCAUCAUAAGUUAUGCAAUAGAUUGUGGUUAUUAACGUUGUACGUUGAUUUUUGUCCACUUUUAUUAGUAUACGACUAGCGUAAAAUUCAAUAUUUUAUUCUGUUUUUAGAUUAUUAUCGCAGUAAAACGACAAAUACUGCACUUUUUUAAGUCUAUUUCAAAAUAUAUUAUAUAUAUUUAUCUAAAUAUAAAUUAAUGUAGUAUACAAAUAUAUAAAUAUUUGAUGACCUGUAUCUAAUUCAGGACGUGUUUAAAAUACGACUGCAUUGAUGUGCUAUGUUUCUUUUAAUUUCAUUCGAAGCUGAAAUACUGAUUAUGUCUUUCUAUAACAUGCGAUCGAUUAUUUAAUUUGAGAUAAAGGAUAAUAUCCAAUAGUUGUAUGAAUUAUGGGGAAAUGUAGUAUUCUGAUAAUAACACGGAUAUAAAAUGCUCGUUUUAUCUUACCCUUUAUUUAUAGUGUCAUAUUGAUACCAACUGAUGUGGGCUGCAAGUUUGAUUAAGGAAAUAAAUAUAAUGAUAUAAGAUUGACGAGUAAUGUUAUUUAUGUUUUUAAUCUAUGUUUUCAUAUCUAUAUUUACCUAAAAGAAAUAUCUAUUUGGAAUGGAGUUAACUAUACUAUUUGAUUAAAUAUUAACUGAAAUGAUAAUUUAUAUUAUCGUAGUAAUAAUUGAUAAUCAAACACUCGUGGCAGUUUUUUUAUAUUUGUUAUUUGUGUCGUGUCUCCCUGUUGUGUGGGAGCAGCCGGUUAUUUAGAAUGGAAUUUGCUUUAUAUUAGAAAUUAUCUAAUGCAUCUAUUUAGAUUCAAUGCAACAUCAAUGAAAAUGAGUGUUUCCUUAUCAUGUAGGCCUAUCUUGAUUUAGAGAAAUUACACCUGCCUUAAAAUAAGAGUAACGAUUCACAAUAACAAACACUUGGUUCCUAUGCAGAGAUUAGACUGUCGUUGGGUAAUAAAAACUGUCGGAGUAUAUCCAAGCUA